CAGAAAUUCAAUUCAGGAUUUCGUACAAGAACACGAGUGGCUCUUACAAUCCAACACCUCUCCAACCACCAUUUCCCCAUCUACCUCACAAUUCCACCACACCAAAAACCCUAGGAUUCAAUCCCAAAAUUCUCCCAAAGAAGCUCAGCAGCUAUGUGGAGCGGUGGCGGAGCUAGUGGUAGUUGCGGUGGCGAUGGUGGCGGCGGUGGAAUCUACUGGGGACGGAAGGAGGAGGUCUCUCAUUCCAAAGGAAUCGUUGUCAUCUUCGCUUGGGUUUCGAUUCACGAGAGGCACUUGCAGAAUCACGUGGAUUUGUACUCGUCUCUCGGUUGGAAUUCCCUCGUUUGCCAUUCCCAUUUUCUCCAUGCAUUCUAUCCCGAAAAGGCCAUGUCGUUCGCCUUUGUUAUUCUCAAUGAGCUUGUUGAGGAGCUAAGGGUUAAGCCAUGUCCUGUAGUCUUUGUGGCUCUUUCUGCUGGUACAAAAGCUUGUAUGUACAAGGUUUUUCGGAUUCUUGACGGAAUUUGUGACGGUCAGCAUUAUCUGGCUGAAUAUCAAUUGGUCAGAAAGUGUAUUACUGGACACAUCUAUGAUUCUGGUCCUGUUGAUUUUACAAGUGAUCUGGGCACUCAAUAUGCUCUACACCCAACCAUUCUAAAGAUGCCUGGAUCGUCAAAACUGGUUUCUUGGUUAGCUAAAGGCAUUGCUUCUGGUUUGGAUGCGUUGUACCUUACUAGAUUUGAAUCCCAAUGUGCUGAGUAUUGGCACGCUCUUUUUUCGUCUGUUAGUUUGGGUGCUCCAUUUCUCAUUUUGUGCUCUGAUAAAGAUGAUCUGGCCCCUUAUCACAUUAUCUGCAAUUUCACUCACCGUUUACAAGAACUUGGAGGAGAUGUCAAGCUUGUGAAAUUGAAUGGCUCCCCUCACCUAGAUCAUUAUAAGUAUUAUCCAAUACAGUAUAGGUCUUCCGUUACUCACUUUCUUGAAAAGGCUGCUUUGGUUUUUUCUCAAAGAAUUAAAGAACUUGAAGGUGACAAUACUAGCAUGGAAGGCAUGCAAGAUGAGAUAUCUGAACUAAUAUGUGAUCUCCGGAAAGCAGCAGUUAACUCCAAUCAGAGCCUUAGAAGAGUUGCAGUGGAGCCAAGCGACCACUUCUUCUUGCCAAGUUCAGCUGAGAAUCAAAAUAGUAAGGACUCCGGGUCUUUACAAGAUGAACAAAAAGAAAGAUCCGUCUCUCUGCCCAGUCCCCCAAGCAUUAGUGCACAUAGUGUACUUGGCCAAGUCCUGUUUGAUGUUUGUGUCCCUAAGAACGUUGAGGGUUGGGAUAUUAAAUUUUGCGGGUCUUUGAAUGGGCAGCCAUUUGCCUCUGCUCUUAGGAAUUCACCUCCUCGUGGUCUCAAAAGCUUUCGUCGCUCAAGAUUAUGACUUCUGUUAUGGGUUAGCCGUCAAUGCAACAAUGUUAGCCAGAAUAGAGGCAAAUGUUGGAGGUGAGGUCUGCCAUUUCAGGCAUCUUUGGUGGUAUCCGGAAUAAAUGCAUGCAUAUUCUAACUCGUUCGUCCUCUGGAACGAAGUGUACAGAUCGAACGAAGGAUAAUCACAUGUAUAUAACAACGUAACCUUUAUAUGUUUAAUAUAGAUUUUGUCUAUGUGAUGUA